AUGGAGCCUGGGAAACUCUUGGAUCCCCCGUCAGACACAAGCAGCACUCUGAAAAACCACAAAAGAACCCAUGAAUGCUUAGAGUGUGGGAAAUCCUUUGCUCGCCGGUCCCUCCUUUUGACCCACAGGAAGGUCCAUGUGGGAAGCGGAUCCAGUGAAGGAUUGGAGGGAAGACUUAAAAUCCACGAGAGAAUUCACACGGGGGAGAAACCUUACACGUGUUGGGAAUGUGGGAAGAGCUUUUCCCAGAAGGGCGGCCUUCGGGCCCAUGAGAAGAUUCAUGCCGGAAUAAAACCUUACAGGUGCUUUGAGUGUGGAAAAAGUUUCACCGAGAGUUCGUAUCUUCGGAAGCAUUGGAAAACGCACACGGGGGAGAAAAACGAAAAGUGCCUCGAAUGUGGGAAGUGUUUUACCUUGAAAUCAUACCUGGUGCAGCAUCAGAAACGUCACACUGGAGAGAGACCCUAUGAAUGCCCGGAAUGUGGGAGACGAUUUGUACAUUCUUCUGAAUUUCAGAAACACCAGAGGAGGCACAAAGGGGAGAAACCCUAUGAAUGUGGGGAGUGUGGGAAAGGUUUUCUUACUCAAACAGAGAUUCAGGUUCAUCAGAGGAUCCACACGGGGGAGAACCAUCGCAGAGUCCACACAGGAGAGAAGCCGUACAGAUGUGUAGAAUGUGGAAAAUGUUUUGUAAGGAAAAGGAACCUUUGGAGACAUCAUGAAACCCACACAGGGGAGAAGCCAUAUCAAUGCAUCGAAUGUGGACGAUUUUAUCAUACUGCAUCAGCCGUUAGAUGUCAUGUGGAAACUCACACAGGGGAGAGAAAUUACAAAUGUUUAGACUGUGGGAGAACAUUUGCUCAUUCAUGUUCCCUUAUACGUCACAGCCAAAUCCAUAUAGGAGACAAGCCCUAUAAAUGCUUGGAGCACACCAGAAGUCACACAGGGGAGAGGCCUCACAAGUGUGUAGAGUGUGAGAAAACUUUUCAUUGUAAAUCUCAGCUAAAAAGGCAUCAGAAAGUCCAUAGUACAGCGGCUUAUGCCAAGGAGGCCGAUUUUACAUGUCCUUAA